UCCGGCGCGACUCAUCCAUCUAGAUUUCUGUUUCUGUCACUUUCAAUUUAUUAAUUAUUUAUUUGAUUCAUUCCGUAAAAGUGGCUCUUGUUUUUUUUUAAAAAAAUGAAGUCAAGUGAUUUAUUUUAAAUUAUACCUUGUGCUCUCAACUUUAAGAAUCGCAUCGGAAAAUGGCCAGUUCAAAAAAAAGAACUAUCUACGUUGGUGGAUUGGCGGAGGAGGUUGAUGAAAAAGUUCUAAGUGCAGCAUUCAUUCCAUUUGGUGAUGUUGUUGACAUCCAGCUCCCAUUAGAUUAUGAAACAGAAAAACAUAGAGGUUUUGCAUUCAUCGAGUUUGAGUUCUCAGACGAUGCUGCAGCAGCUAUUGAUAAUAUGAAUGACUCAGAGCUUUUUGGGCAAACUAUCCGAGUAAAUUUUGCGAAACCACAAAAAAUAAAAGAGGGUUCAACAAGAGCAGUUUGGUCAGAAGAUACUUGGCUUCAGCAACAUGCAGGGGCAACUUUAGAAAAUGGUAACAAAUCAGGAGAGGAAACAGUCAAGGACAAAACUGUUACAGAAGAAACAAAGAAAACCAAAAACCCACAGGUGUACCUGGACAUAUCAAUAGGAAAGAAAGAAGUCGGGAGAGUUAUCAUCAUGUUGCGGUAUGAUGUUACACCCAAAACAGCAGAAAACUUCCGAUGUUUAUGCACACAUGAAAAAGGAUUUGGCUAUCAAGGGAGUACAUUUCAUCGCAUCAUCCCAGACUUUAUGUGUCAAGGUGGAGACUUUACGAAUCACAAUGGCACAGGAGGUAAAUCAAUUUAUGGUCGAAAAUUUGAAGAUGAGAAUUUUACUCUGAAACACACAGGAGCUGGCACUGUUUCAAUGGCUAACUCUGGACCUAACACAAAUGGAUCUCAGUUUUUUUUGUGUCUCUCGAAGACAGACUGGUUGGAUGGCAAGCAUGUAGUUUUUGGAAAUGUAAUUAGCGGUUUGGAUGUUCUAAAAAAAAUGGAGAAAUGUGGAUCUAAAUCCGGAACAACAUCAGAAAAGGUUGUUAUAUCCUCAUGUGGUGAGCUCGUUUAACCUCUAAUGUGGGAAACAAUGCCAUAACUUUGAACCUGUAAGUAACAUGUAUUAGGUAUUUUUAACUAACUUCUUUAUUUUUUGACAAGUUCUGUUUUUAAUCUUUUUUAACUAAUAAACCUGUAAUAAGUACUUUCUGCUCAGCAUUGUUACUUUCACAUGGCAAGCACUGUUCCAAUACCAGCAAAAUAAAAAAUUAUGACAGGCAAAUUUAUGAGAAAUGAGACAGAAAUAUCUGAAAAAUGAAAAGGAGGCUAUUUAUAUCUCAAUAAUUGUAUUGAUACAUAAAUUAUCAACUUAACAUGGGUAACAUUAAUAGAAUAAUAAAUAAUCAACACAAAACUGAAGCAAACUUCAAACAUUUUCUGUUUCUUACAAAUUAAAAAAGUAACAUUUGCAGAAUCAUCUGUAAGAGUGAGUUAAUCGGGAACAUGUAAAACUUUAACUCA